AUGACCACGACUGCCUCACCUCAAACGGGAUCAAGCCCCACCGUCCCUACACCUGUGGCACCGCCCUCGAUUGAUGAAGCACUGUCGUACUGGAUUGGGCUCUCGCGCCUCAUUCACCGCGUCUGCGUGACGUCCGACUCUACACCGUCCGCUGAUGAGGGCGAGCCGUCCACCUUUACUCGCUACGCCCUUCACUGUGUGCUGCUCUGCUGUGGCAUAAAGCAGCAUCGCGUUCGACAGACCGCCGACCACAUGCUUGCACAGCUUCUCUCGGCAGCCUACACCACCGCAGCCGCCCUCACUGGGCCAGUCGUCUUGCUGGACAGCGAAUCACCGGCAUCGACGCCCUUCCGCUCACCAGUGCGUCAGUUACCCGUACCGUUGCCUGUUCUCGUGGCGGACUGGCUGAAGCAGUCCUCUGCUGACGAUCAGAAGGCGUCCCAGCACAACCGCUACUGUCUGCGGGUCCCCGCCGUCACGUGGACCAGGAGCAUCAUCAAGUGGUUGGGAAGUGAGCUGCGAGGACAGAUGAUUUCGCUGAGGCCGCUUUCCCGGUGGAACAUGGUGUGCGCGCAGCAGUCUGGACGCAUGCCUGUAGUCAUCUUUGUCGGCGGCGCCAGCGGCGCAGGGAAGAGCACGCUGGCCAGCCUGGUGGCGAGUCAGCUGCGCGUCCCAAACGUGCUGUCUACCGACACAGUGCGUCAGGUGUUGCGGGCGCGCCUGUGCGGGCACGAGGCGCAGUUUCCGGCCCUCUUUGUGUCCACGUAUGAGGCGCACAAGGUGACGGCAGAUGACAGUCACGCCUCCGCGGAUGACGGAUCUGCAGUGCCGCAUGCGCAGAGCGCCGACGAGAACGCCAUCGUUCAAGGGUACGAGGCACAGUGCGAGCUGGUCCUCCGCGUCCUCGACGGGAUGCUGGCGCGCCUCCUCGCUCGCCGCGAGUCGAUCGUGGUGGAAGGGGUGCAUCUGCUCCCGCGAUAUCUGGCGGCGAAGCGCGCCGAGCUUCUCGUGUCGCGUGUGGCCUGCGUUCCUGUUCUCGUGCGCAUCCCCAAGGCGGACAGUCACCUGGAGCGACUCUGCAUCCGCGCACGCGGCAUGUCCAUGCGGGCGCAAAACAACAAGUACAUCGCCUCCUUCAAAGCAAUCCGCGCCAUCCAAGCUCACCUGGUCGACAGUGUGGAGGCGGCGUCGCUGCCGGUUCUGGUGCUGUCAAACACGAACAUGGACAAGUCCUUCACCGCGCUCCACCACACCUUGUUGGAGACCAUGGAGUACGCCGCUGUGCACGGCUGGCCUGCGGACGCAGCAGCAGCGGCCGACGUCCCUCUCACUGGGCUGGUCUUCAGGGCUGUAAAAGACAGACUUGUUGCGGUGGUGCGGCAGCGUCGGUGGCGCCGCAGCGCCACCAAUGACAACAUCAGCACGUCGAGCGGGACGGGUGCGUCUGCGCCGGGAGACGAGGAAAAAGGGGGCGUGGCAACGGGUCCCUUCAGCGCACUCGUACUCGCACCCCACGCACGACCGCCAGUCCAUUCCCCGGCGGGCAGCAGCAACGGGGCAGCGCCGCGUGCUCGCUCUGCAGAGCUGCUGGGGGUGGUACAGCGUUGCCUUCUUGAACAAGGCUUGCGUUAUCACUCUCGCACCAGUAAUGCUCAGGUAGAUGCCGCAACGGUGUAUGGUUCGUCCGGCGUGCUCGGCGCGCGGGACGCCAGCAGUCGCUUCCACGCACACGUCGUCAUACGCCGCUCUUUCACCAUCGCGGCGAAGUCGCACAUCAGCAUGACCGCGUCGUCUCACCUUCCGUUAGACAACCACAACGAGGAGUUCGACGAGCUGGAGAUCCCGUCCCUGAUCGGCUCAUGA